GAUGUAAACACGACCUUAUCUUCUAUGUUUGAUGUGUUAUUACCACGAUACGGCAAACUAACUUCAGGUUUAGAUAACCGGUAGGCGCUCGAAGCGUCCAUAGGUUGUUUUGUUCUGUACAUCGUAAUCAUAAUGGGACCUACAAAAAAAUUUGGCGCGUACAUUUUAAAACCUAGUUUUCGUAUUAUUGAAUUAUUAGCACCUUUUCAAAGACGAAGUUAUUCAUCUAAACCGGCGGGCUUACUCAGCGAUGUUAAUGUGUUAGACCUAACGCGGGUAAUCGCCGGCCCUUUCUGUACUAUGACUCUUGGCGACUUGGGCGCGAACGUAAUAAAAGUAGAGAGCUUAGAUGGUGAUGAGGCAAGAAAAUGGGGACCACCAUUUCUAAAAGGCAACAAGGAUUCCUUUUAUUUUAUGGCAGUUAAUAGAAAUAAGAAAAGCAUAUGUGUUAAUUUCAAAUCUGAUGAGGGUAAAAAUUUAAUGUAUGAUUUAGCUAGGAAAUGUGAUGUGUUGGUGGAAAAUUUUGUGCCAGGCAAGUUGGACCAACUUGGAGUGGGUUACGAUGACCUGAGCAAAGUAAAUCCUAAGCUUAUAUACUGCGCUAUAACUGGUUUUGGUCCAACUGGACCCUAUGCAAAGAAACCAGGUUAUGAUGUAAUAGCAGCCGCAAUGGGUGGACUACUUAACACAACUGGAGAGCAGAAUGGUAACCCAGUGAAGCCUGGUGUUGCCAUCACAGAUAUAACUACAGGCUUACAUGCAUUCGGAGCUAUAAUGACAGCCUUGUAUUAUCGGAACAAUACUGGCAGAGGACAAAAGAUAGAUUGUAAUCUGCUAUCCACUCAAAUAUCAAGUAUGAUUAAUGUUGCGAAUAUAUAUUUGAACUGCGGUAUUGAGCCAAAACGUUGGGGAACAGCUCACGCUAACAUUGUACCGUAUCAAGCAUUUAAAACUAAAGAUGGAGAAAUUGUUAUAGGUACAGGAUCAAAUGCACAGUUUACAGAUCUUUGUAAACUAAUUAAUAAAGAAGAUUUAAUAAAUGAUAAAAGAUUUUUAGACAAUUCUGUGAGAGUACAAAAUAGAGAGGAAUUAAUUAAAAUUAUCAGCAAUGUUAUUAUAACAAAAACAAAGAAGGAAUGGGCGGUGAUAUUUAAAAAUGCUUCAUUUCCCAACGGACCAGUGAAUACAAUGAAAGAUGUGUUUGAAGAUGAGCAUGUGAAAGCAAUAGAACUUGUUAAAGAACUGCCACAUCCGGAUGCGGGGUCUGUGAAAGUAGUUGGACCCCCCACUGUGUAUAGUGCAGGGGGUAACUGCGCCCGUACUGCACCCCCUACUUUGGGACAGCACACAAGGGAUGUGUUGGCAAACUUUCUUGGAUACCAUGAAACUAAAAUAAAUGCUCUCUUUGAAGGAAAGUUUUACAUAUUUAUUUUAUAUAGGUAUGCUUAUACCCGUUUUCAGGCGAGCGUGGAGCCAGUGACUGUCAUCACCCUGCGGCCGACACGCACCGCACCGCGCAAGAAGGUCGGCUGGACGGAGGACACAGUCGACAAUGAACAUAUGAACAAGAAGAAGUCCAAAUGUUGUUGCAUUUACGAGAAGCCGCGCCGCUUCGACGAGUCGGAGUCUGAGAGCAGCGAGGACGAGUGCGAGCAUUGCUUCGGCCACGUGGAGCGUCGCCACAAGCACCGCGCGCCCGGACACGCCCACGACGCCACGGUCGCCAUGGCUACCACCACCACCACCACCACCACCACCGCAGAGGUACAGAAGGAAUCAGAGCCGAGUGUGGCGGUGACGCUGCACCAGUCAGAGGAGUCCCCCGCGCCCCCCUCACCUCCCGCACCCCCCACUCCGCCCGCCAGUUAGACUGACGAGGUCGACAACCACCCUACUCUACAAAUUCCUUAUUUUAUUUCGUCGUAAGGGAAAUAUUUCUCAUUUUAGACUCGUUUAGUUAGGUUAUAAAAUUUACUUUAUAAGUUUCCUCAACAAUUACAUUAUAUAACAUUGUUUUAUAAAGUGAAUACGUACAAGUUAAUAAAAAAACAUAAUGUCCUUUUUCUCAAUAGCCAUUUACUAUUACAGAGACGAUUAUUUAGCUGAAAUACCACAGUAUGAUACAAACUAACAAUAAUUACUGAAAUUAUUUUAUUUAUUUUACUAAUAGCUAUUCGCUUAUUAUUAUAAAAAGCUGUAAUUGUUAAUGCACUCCAUCAUAUGAAUAUAUUCAAUUCUAUAAUAUUCUUUAUUAUUAAAGUUGUUUCAAAAUUUUAUUAUAUUAAUAUUUAACAAUUUCUAAGUUCCUUUUUACUUUGUGAAAAAAUUGAAAUAAAAUAUUUUACUAUAAUUACAUAAAAGCCUUGUACUUUGUUAAAAAAAUAUAUGAAUAUAAAAAUUCACAGUAUUAUAUAUUUAUUACUAUAUUUUGAUCUUUUUCAUAGAUUUUUAUGGAUUGUAAGAUAAAUGGAGGAUGUAGACAGGGAUUAUAAAUGGUUUUGCCUUACAAAUGACUUUGAUGUCUUGUUGUAUGUUUAAGAAACAAAGUAAAUGUUGAAAAAUAAUUUUAAUAAAGAAAAUAAAAUACAAUUAUAAUAUAUGUGAAAGAAAAUAAGUUUAUUAUAAAGUUGUCUGUGUGGGAAUUCAUCAAACUAUUGUAUUAUUAUACUAAAAAAACAAUAUUAAGAUUCUUCGGAGAGAUAAAAGGUUGAAUAUGAUAAACUGGCUCAUCAUCCACCUGCCCUUAUCCCUAUCGAGGGUCGGCACAGUAUGUACUCCUCCUCCAUACAUCUCUAUCAGCCGUCAUAUCCCAGUCUACCCCCCUUAAAUUGGAUAAUUUAUUAAAGAAAAAUAAUAUAAAUUGUCCAAAAUACUUUUUGCAUCAAAACCAAUGAGACGGUGUUUGAUAAAAUUGAAUAUUUUUAAUCUCCCUAAAUGAUUGUUGUUGAUAAAUGUAUGCGUACAUAUAUAAUUAAUUUUACUUACAUUAAAAUGUAAAUUAUGAAUA